UUUGCCAUUUGGAUCUGAUUUGAGGUAUUAUUAUUUGGUGAGAUCUGUUCCCAGUUUACUCCCUUUCACGAUUCCCCUUCUGUUUUUUCUUUCACACAUUCAUUUCAUUUCAUUUCCCCUAUAUUUCAAACUCACAAACACAAGAAACUUACCAAAAUAGAAAUCAAAUCAAAUCAAAUUCAGACUUCAAAAGAAAAUCGCUUUGAAACCAAACAAAAGCAAAGAAAUGACUGCGAUCGCAGUGAACCAGUUCGCUCAGUCCAUCACUUGCCAUGCUUGGGGCCCCGACCACUCUAUGGUUGCAUUCUGUCCCAACAAUAAUGAGGUUCAUAUCUAUAGAUUAUCACAAGACAAGUGGGAAAAGGUGCAUGUUCUUGAAAAGCAUGACCAAAUUGUUUCUGGGAUAGACUGGAGCCCAAGGUCCAACAGAAUUGUAACUGCAUCUCAUGAUCGGAAUUCAUAUGUGUGGAACCUAGAAGGAUCAGAAUGGGUACCAACCCUUGUUAUACUUAGGCUAAACCGUGCUGCACUUUGUGUUCAAUGGAGUCCAAAAGAAAACAAGUUUGCUGUUGGCAGUGGGGCUAAAACUGUUUGUAUAUGCUACUAUGAGCAAGAGAAUAACUGGUGGGUCAGUAAACUUAUCAGGAAAAGACAUGAUUCUUCUGUGACAAGUGUUGCUUGGCAUCCCAAUAAUAUUCUUCUUGCAACAACAUCCGCAGAUGGGAAAUGCCGAAUAUUUUCCACCUUCAUCAAAGGUGUUGACACAAAGGAUUCAAGAACAGGCCCUUCUUCAGAUUCGAAAUUUGGAGAGCAAAUUGUUCAGCUUGAUCUCUCAUUUUCUUGGGCAUUUGGUGUGAAGUGGUCACCAAGUGGCGAUACCUUAGCUUAUGUAGGCCAUAAUUCUAUGAUUUACUUUGUUGAUGAAAUUGGUCCUUCUCCUUUGGCUCAAAAUGUUGCAUUCCGUGAUUUGCCUCUCCGUGAUGUUCUAUUUGUUUCUGAGAGAAUGGUCAUUGGAGUGGGAUUUGACUGCAACCCUAUGGUUUUUGCAGCAGACCAAAGAGGAAUAUGGAGCUUUAUAAGAUUCCUUGGCGAAAGGAAAACAAUUUCUUCAGGAUCAAAAUAUGGUUCACAGUUUUCUGAAGCAUUUGGGAAACUAUAUGGGCAAUCAAAGCAUGGAUUGAGCAAUGAUGCUGUUGAACCUUCAAGAUCACGUGGAGGCAUUCAUGAUAACUGCAUAAAUUGUAUUCUGCCACUUAGACGGUCAGGGAUCUCCACAGUAAUGCGCUUCAGCACUUCAGGAUUGGAUGGAAAAGUGGUUAUAUGGGAUUUGGAGAACCAAGCAGAUCUAUCCGAAUAUUUAUAAACAUUGUUCCAGGGAAGUUUAUCAUCCUCUUACACUGUAAAGAAUCUCUCCUAACAAUAUUGGACUUUUUAAAGUUCUUUGUAAUAUUAAAUUGGUUGUGACCAACUGGUGAUAAUUCAACAGAUAAUCUAGCAGAAGUCUUUUACAAGUCCAAGUGAUAUUAGUUUUGUACUUAAUGUUUGUGCAGUACAUGUAAUGUAUGUGCUCUAAAUUGGAAAAAGAACAGAAAAUGUAAUGUAUGAGCUCUCUACAACUUUUAUUCA